AUAGCCGGUAAUGAAUACCAACAGAAGAAGAGCCUUUGUUUUUAGCAUCAUGACAUGUCACCUGGACCUGUGUACUGUGCGACGUGAAGCCCUCUAGUUAGCUGUAUAGCCUCUAAUACUUGACAAGCCAGCAGUUUAUCAUACAUAGCAGGUCUGUCCCACAGUGUGUGUCUCGUUGUUGGUAGUUUGUGCUUCUUACAGCUCUGUUUUGUAUCAACUGACAGCUCUUCCGGCUAGCUAACCCAUAGCUGGAUGCUAGUGUGCUGACUGAGCAGUGGCUGAACAGACAAUAAAGAAAGGCGUGAGUGUUUCAACAGGACCACCAGUUCAGAGUCUUGCUGCUGAAUCAGAUGUCGUCUCCUCAAAUGGCCAGAGCAAGGAAGGAUCUCAGAACACAGAAAGUAAAGGUGUAGCUGUGGAGCAAUCAGGACUAACAAGACAGCUUCAGGGCUCAUGUCUGCAUCACAAACAUUUCUUUCCACGUACCCUCACUGUAGAGAACACCUCAGCAUGGUGAAGACAGCAAAGAUUGAACUGCUGAGAGCACUCAUCAGUGAGUGUUUGUCUGCAGCUGCUGAAGAGAUCUUCAAGGUAGCAGAAAGAACCAUUAUAGAGUAUGAAGAGGAAAUGUCCUGUUCAAAGUGGGUCGUGGACAGCCACCGCAGACUGCUGGAUGUCGUCCAGUCACACAGUGAAGACUAUCUCCAGGUGUCAGCCACUGAGCUGCAUUCUCGUCAGCUGCAGCCUCCUGCUAGUAUCAGUGUGCGCUGGGAGGAACCAGACAACACCACGUCACAGCCUACAGAAGACUGUCGCACCAUGAACAACACUAAUCCACAUGCCUCUCCUGAUCAUUUUGAUGAUUUUCACCGGCAGGAGAUACUGAUUGAUAUUGAUGAAGAUGACAAUAUGAAGGAUUGUGACUUGAAUGUGCCUUUGAAAAUCCUUAAAGUGAAGAAACUAUUUAAAUGUCCCGUUUGCUUCAGUGGUUUUUCCUCUAAAAAAACAAUGGUACGACAUGUGAAGAAGCAUUCAGAGGACAAAUCUUCUUACCAGUGCCAGUUCUGUGACUGCUACUUCUGCCACAAGUCUGAAUUCAUCAUUCACACCAGAAUACAUAAAGGCUCCAAACCAUAUAGAGGUCAAGACUGUGAUAAAAGCUUUGACCAGAGGGACAAUCUUUUUAGUCAUGGACAGAAACCCACUAAAGAGAAACCAUAUCAGUGUUUUAGUGAAAAGAUGAAUACAGAAAGUCACGUCAGAUUAAUGACACCUGCCAGUAAGAUGGAAGAAGUACUGGACCCAAGACAGGAUGAAUCUGGCCUGAAGACAUUUCCACUUACUAUCACUGCCUAUGACAAAAGUGAGUUUGAUCAGGAGUCUCUGCAGCCCCUGUGUCUGUAUCAAAUCCAGGCCAUUGCUGACAUAGAUAAAGACUCUUCAGCUCCACUUACCGUGGAUCACAUUAAAACUGAGCCAACUGGAGCUGAUGGUGGUGUAUUACACACUAACACUGAUGAUCAGCUGCUCCUUUCAGUGAACCCAAGUGAGCAGCAUGAAGGUGAGACAGAGCCCAACCAUCUCAGACCUUCCAGAAAAUCCACUGAGCUCAUUGACCAGUUUGAAGCGGGAACAGCACAGAAACCCUACAAGUGUCCUUGUUGUACCAAAUGUUUCUCCUUGACUAAGACUUUAAUACGACAUGCAAGGAUCCACACAGAGGAAAAACCAUAUCAGUGCCAGUUUUGUGGGCGAAACUUCUGUCAGAAGUCUGAUCUGGUCAAUCAUAUGAGGAUACACACAGGAGAGAGACCCUAUCAGUGCCAAGAAUGUAAAAAGUCCUUCGCUCAGAAAGGCAACCUGGUGGUCCACAUGAGGAAACAUAGGAGAGAAACCAUAUCAGUGCCAAGAGUGCAGCUGUAGCUUUGGUCAGAGGUCAUCUUUAGACUGUCAUAUGCAGAGCCACAGAUAGUUGAAAAACUUUGCUACUGUGUUGGGACAGCGCCUUGGCAAUGGGGCUGGGUAUAGAACCUCAAUACAUCUGGGGUACAAACCAAAACAUGUCUUGUACCAGGGGUAAACUGGCAUUUGUGAUGCAUUUGUAUUCAAUGAUGAUUGGUGUUUUCUACAGACAGUGAUUAUCUGUCAGAAAUUAUAUUUGGACUUGAAAAUAAAAAUGAAGCUACAGCCUUGAUGGAGCUGGACUUAUCCUGAACACGGCUGCAUUGAUUGCAAUGGUUUCACUGUAGAAACUGUGAAUCUGUGUGGACCAGCUCCCCUGUUUAUGUUGUGUUCACUGUAACGACUCACCUGUUCACUGUGUUUAUUGUAACAGCUCACCUGUUAACUGUAUUCAUUGGAACAACUCCCUUAUUUACUGGAACUCUCUGUGCAGAAAAGGUUAAUAAGGCUGCAGUCAGAACACAAAGCCACAUCAGAGGAUUGAAAUCAUUAAUGAAGUUACUGUGGCUGUGACUCCACAGACUCCAGAGAAGGUUUCAAACCAAUAGUUUGAGAGUUUUUACGCUGUGAUACUGAAGGAGACGUAGCUGAGCUCUGAUAGGGUGUGAUUUAGAUGGAGGUGGAGCUCAGCUCCAGUGGGCUCCGGCCCUGUGCAGCAACUGUCAAGGGCUGAAAGCUGGAAUUGAAUGUCUGGUUAGAUUCAUAAUCUUAUCUACUUAAAUCAUGUGGUUCUGAUUUAAAUCAAAAGUUAACAAAAUAAUCUCACCAUUAGGUCCAUUAGUAGCUGUUCUGAAGUGUUUGCAUGUAUCACAGUAGCUGCAGUUUGUUGAGUACAGUUGAACUGGGGAUGUUUAAAUGUCUUUAAGCACCUUAAGGUCUCCUCCUUCAUGUUUGCUUAAAAGUUGAGAUUGGGACUUCAUUUUCACUUGUAAAGAAAUUUCUCCAAAAUGAACAAUAAACUUUCAGUUUCAGGAGAAGUCAACAGAUGAAAUGUCCUUAAAACAAUACUCUGCAGAUUUAGCAUUACUCUUCUGUAGCAUUGUCAAACUCACAACAGACAGUUCAAAAUAGAAAUAAAAGAUAAAAUAAAUGCAGAACAACCAAAAUUAUUUUUCUUCUUUCCAAAACCUGAUAACUACAUUACUCACAAUGCAACUCAACCUCUGGCAUUUCUGUUGGAGAAUCAGGGUUAUGUUAGUAGCAGCUAAUGUAGACUUGAACCUGUGGCCUGCAGCAGAGAUGACCCCUGGCCUACAGAGAGGAGUUAAAGUGGAGCUUCUCUCCUGCCUGUGUGUGUGUGUGUGUGUGUGUGUGUGUGUGUGUGUGUGUGUGUUUGUCUGCCUCACUCUGUUAAACACUCAGAUUGAUUUACUUAUUGAUAGAAGGUGCUGGAACGCCGAUCUGGAUCGUUGUGGAUUACAAUGGACUACUUAAAGUCUUAGCAAAGAGGUCUGGUAAAUUCACUUCUUUCUAACUCCACACCCCCAGAUUUUUUUUACUUUUCAAAAUUCUGGGCUUCAGACCCACCAACGCUAACUCAGAUGACAUUUAUCAGACUUCCCUCUGGAGGUUUCAAUUAACUGUUUUCAGAUAUGCUGCCGAACACCUGAAAACACACACUGACAUGGAAAGUCACUUUCUCUUUAAAGUGCUGAGAAAUAAUGGAGAGUUGAACAUCUACUAUUCUAUGACAAAACUGCUGAAGAAGAUACAGCCUGCAUCCAUAUCUCUGAAUCAGCCACAUCUCAGAUGUGUCUGGUGUUGGGCUCGUUUAGAAAGAAAUAAUUGACCAAUUAAAGCUUAGUAGGCUGGGACGCCUGCAGAUCUAACUAGUUAUCUAGCUACAUUCAUGAAAAAUGGCUAAAGAAAAAAAGAGUUUAUAGAAAUAAUUUUUAAACAAGUCUGGUGAUGGAAAAAAACAGUGUUGUAUUGGUAGAGAAAUGAAUGGUAUUGUAUCAACACUAGAAUCCAAAAAUGUGCCGUGAUGCUCAGCCCCAUCUGUCGUGUGUGGUAUUUCCUGGGAAAAAAUAAGAGUACAUGAGACUACACCACUUUGAAGGGAUUGAGAUGGAACAUCUUUAUCUCUGAAUGGGAUAUGUAACUUCAGAUAAUGUUGAGGUAGAGAAUCUGGUUGCUAAAAGAAACCAAACUGCUCCAGUGUGUGCAGCAUUUAGCAAGCUUCUCUUUACAAAUGUGUGUUGGGAAAUUGUAGAGAAUGGAAGAUUUCAUUUGCCGGUGUUUUAAUUAUAUAAAUCCCAUGGAGUCUUAGGAAUCUUUAUUGUAUUAAAAAUGUUUUAUUUAUUAUAAGCUUCUAAAUUCCUGUGUUAUGUUUUUUUUAAAUGAUUUUAUUGUAUUUAUAUCCAUUUUCUAAACAUGCUAUAAAAAUCCCAAUGUAAAACCCA